CGAGAGUUUAUUCUUGAGAAAAUGGAUUCAUCUGUUUUAACAUCUGAAGACGUAAUUUAUUUACUAAAACAGAAAUUUGGUGAUACAUCAAAAAUGAAAUUAAUUGAUUAUAACAUUAAACCAUUAUCAGAUAAGAUAGAAGGUUUUAUGGGUAUUCAUUUGCGAUUAAAAUGUGAAAUUAAGUUUCCUGAUCAUCAAUUUGUGUACUUUUUUAUUAAAAAACAAGUGGAAAACCAAGAGGAAAAUGGUUUAGACGAGUCGUUUAAUACUACUGAAGCAUACAAUCGAGAAGCACUAUUUUACGAAAUUUUAGAUGAAAAUUAUAAGAAGUUUCAUGUUGAUUGGGCUCCAAGACAUUAUAAAUUUGAAAAAGAUAAAACCUUAUUAAUUUUGGAUGAUAUCAGUGUUGAUGGUUUUAUGUUAGGGAAAAAGUCUUUACAUUCAUCGUCAGGCUUUGACUUAGACCAUUGUAAAGUGGGAUUGAAAUCAUUAGCACGAUUACAUACAUUUAGUGUACAUUUGGAAAAUGAAAAAGGUAAAAAAAAGCCAAAUUACAAAUUCACCAACGAUAUGCCUCUUUUGUCAGAAGAGAUGUUAAUAACUCUUUCCCAUAAAUUUGGUGAGGCCUACACACUAACAUCUAUACGCUGUUUAAAACUUGCCUUCGAAUAUUUACCAAAUACAACUUCAGAAGAAAAAAACAAUUUGAAGGAUUUGUUUCAAAAAGAAAUGGAUGAAUCUAUUUAUAAUUUAUUUAAACCAUCGACUAAAUUUAAAAAUGUGUUUUGUCAUGGAGAUCUCUGGCAUAAGAAUAUAAUGUUUAAAUACUCCGGCGAAACUCCAAUCGAUUGUAAUUUUGUAGAUUUUCAAGUAUUUCGUUAUUUACCAGGAUCACACGAUGCAUUAUUUUUCAUAUAUUUAAAUACAUCUCCAGAGUUCCGUAAAGAAAAUUUACAUCAAUUAAUGGAAUAUUAUUACGAAGAAUUUUAUACUGGAUUAACGAAUAUUGGAUUGAAUCCUUGCGAAAUAUUUUCAUUAUCUGAUUUUUACGAGAGUUGUGCAAAUUUUUUCUUACUUUCAAAAAUAAUGGCUGCAUUUUAUCUGCAAUUACUUUUCUUAGGCGAUGAAUUUAUCGAAGAACAAUGUAAAAAGGACCCGGCAGCAGAUUUGCGAAUAGAUAUGUUGUUUGGUAAUCGUGAAAAAUAUUUGUUGCCUUUUUUUAAAGAAAAUUGUAGACCUUAUUUGGAUAAAUUUAUGCCACUAGUGGAUGAAGUAAAAGAUGCUUUACUGAAUCGAAAAAUUAUGCGUGAUGAUUGUUUCGACAUAGUUCGACGAAAAAUUGCUUCCGAAAACUAUGUACUUAAAAAUUACGAAGUUUUACCAAAUCGUUCGAAAAACUUAUUAAAAAUCACAAUUUUAUUAAAUGAUACGAUUACCAGUUUAAAUUUCUUUAUGAAAUGUUUGAAUGGUGACUUAAAUCGAAAAGAAGUUUUUAUUUAUCAGUUAUUAUCCUUGAAUGAUUUAUUAAGUAAUAUGGAAGUCAUAAAUCAAAUGAUGCCAAAAUGUUAUUAUAGUGUUAAUGCUAGAUCGAUUGUUCUUGAAAACUUAGAAGAGACUGGCUUCAAACAUGUUGACACAUUAGAUUGCCAAUUAGUGGACACAGUUAUUAAAACUUUGGCAAAAUUUCACUCAGUGUAUUUAGUUUUAGAACACAAAAGUCAAACCGAAAAAGUUCAUAAAUUUUAUGAAUUUUCUGAUAUAAUCGCAGAAUUAGAAAAAGAAAACAGUUGCAGUAAAUCGAAAGAAAAUUUAAUAAAUCUACUGAAACCAUCAAAAACUUUCAAAAAUAUUUUGUGUCAUGGAAAUUUAAGCUUAAAAAAUAUUAUGUUUAAAGAUGGAACUGAAUGCCGGUUUGUUGAUUUCAAACAAAGUCGAUUACUUCCUCCCUCUUAUGAUAUUUUAAUAUUUUUAUACAUGUCAACGUCACAAAGUUUUCGAGAUCAAAAUCUAAAUCAAAUUAUCGAUUCUUACUAUGAUUAUUUAACUAUAGAAUUAGGUCGAUCAAACAUCAUCGUAACUGAGAUUCUAACAUUUAUCGAUUUUAAAAAUAGUUUUGAUGAAAUUAAAUCAAUUUUGGAACAAAAUCCAACACUAAAGAAUCUUUCAAUAAAUUAGAAAAUACUUCAAACAAAUAUUUCUUGAAAAAUUCCUAUGUGGACGUAUCGUAAAUUACAUUGUUUUUAAUCGAGGAAAUAAAAUAAAACCUUUAAAUUACUUUUUCAAUAUAAGCUUUAAAGAAAAGGUACAAAAGU